AGAAAUCGUGUGGAAGGAGUGAAUUGAAAGAGAUUUUUGCUUGUUUUGAGAACACCAAUUUCCCAACAUUACAUUACUUUUUUUGCUUUCAUUCUCUAUCACUUUUUUUUUUCUUUUUUUCUCUUAAGAGAAGAGAAUGGUGGUGGCUUGUGAAAGAUGAAGAGGAGGAGCUGCACCUCCUUCCUUCCAUGGCAUGUAACUGUGUUUACAACAACAAUGUCCUCUCAUUCUCACAAACCACACCAAGAACAAUGUUCACCACCACCAACACCAUUCCUACAAUCAUCUCAAAGCCAUUUUCUUCCAAUAGAUGCAGCAGACCCUUUAUCUUGUCUUCUAUAACAAAUUCUACUCCAUCCUACAACACCCUUGUUUCUGAGGCUGUUAGACUCUUGGUUCCUCCGGCAAGAUUUGAAGCUUCAAAACUUAAGGUAGUUUUAUUGGAGGAUCAGAUAAACAAAUAUGCAAGUUUUAUUCCGAGAACCUACAUUCUAUCGCAUUGCGACUUCACAGCUAAUCUGACUUUAACAGUCUCCAAUGUGAUCAAUCUUGAGCAGUUGAGAGGGUGGUAUGAGAAGGAUGAUGUUGUAGCUGAAUGGAAGAAAGUGAAAAAUGAGAUGUGCUUACAUGUUCAUUGCUUUGUCAGUGGUCCCAAUCCCUUCCUGGAUUUGGCUGCAGAAUUCAGAUAUCACAUAUUCUCCAAGGAAAUGCCUUUGGUACUCAAAGCAAUUCAGUAUGGAGAUUCUGCGCUUUUCGAUGAACAUCCUGAAUUGCUGGACUCUAUAGUUCGCGUGUAUUUUCAUUCUAGCUCCAAAAAAUACAACAGAAUGGAAUGUUGGGGACCUCUAAAGGAUGCUAUAGAGGUAAUAAACUUAAGAAAAUGCAGAAAUGAUCUAUGCUUUAUACUUUUACAUUUUUCCUUUAAAUGCACAAUUUCAUUACACAAAUUUAGCACCAUAAGUAUUUGAGUUGAUUAUACUCACUUCCCAUGAGGUCAGGCAAUAUUACCCGCAAAUGCGAGGUUAGGUGUAAACAUGACUUAGGCUGUCAUGUAUAAUAUCACCUAAUCUCGUGUACUAUGGUGUAAUUUACUCUGAUUAUUUUCAUGCAUCUUAAACCAAAAAAAGAUUGGUCUGAUUAAGAAUUAACUAGUUUUG